AUGUCUCCAGAUGAGGUUUCGUGUGAUAUUGAUGGGAGUGGUGGAGAGAGGGAGCGUUCACUCUGUGACAUCAGUGAUGAUGGGGAAGGUAUUGAAGCUGGAAUUGAUGGGGAAGAGGAGGAGGAGGAGGGCGAAGAUCUGGUGGCGUCAAGACUCACCCCUGCUGAAGUAGACCAACGUGUGGGUGGUGAAGUGGAGGAGAGAGGGGAAGAAGGUGAUGAAGAUUUAGCUGGAGAAGGAGAAGAGGAGGAAGAUGGAGGGGUGGUGGACGAUGUGGUGGACGAUGAACAAGAAGAUUCACUGGAGAACAUGAACUGGACAAUCCUCACCCCGGAUAUCAGUUGUCUUCAAGACACUGUUGUUAGUCCAGACACCCCUGAGGGUGAACAGCAGCAGGCCAGAAAGAUGUCACCGAAGACUAGCUCCGCCUCUUCCCUGCUCACUGACAGUAUUGGGGGAGAAGGAGGCAGCACUGGGGGAGAGGAAAGGGGCAGGUCUAUGUUUUCUGGUGAUCCGGUCAUGAGUCAACUAAACUUUGAUCAGUCUUCCUCCGCCUCCAGCUGCAUUGAUCUGUCAUCAUCUGCACACCCUCACCUCCCUCCCCAAACUCCCUACUACACCCCUUCUUCCCCACCUCCUUGUGCCUCGUCUAUCUACUACACUGCCCCAUUACCCCAUCCCUCUUCCCCCUCUCACUCCAGUACCCCAUCUCCCCCAUCUCACCACACACACCCUCACCAUUCUCACACUCCACUCCACUCCAUCCCAUCCUCACACGUCUCCAUAUCAUCUUCCCCGCCAUUGCUCACCCACACAUCAGUCAUCGUACUCGGCAGCAGUGACGAGGAAGACGCUGAUGACAAACUCGAAAACAGUUAG